AUGCGCCUUGGUCAUCCUGAACUCAGGUCUCCCCGCGCGCUUCCCACGAGCGUACCCCUCAUUCGACAAGAAGACUUGGACAGCAUGAAGACAAGCGGAGUAGUCAUUUGGCCGGGAGGCAUCCACGAAGACGACGUUGUGGUCAAUGAGGAGCGCCAAGACGUCCCGCGCGACAGUCCUGGAAUGCGCGACGGAUGA